AUGUCCCUCGCCCUCGACCUCGCCUCUCACUCCAUCACCUCCCAGUCGCCGUCGAUCACCGUCUUCGCUCCGGCCGACGCCGCCUUCGCCUACUCCGGCCACCCCACUCUCAACCUCCUCCGCUACCACCUCCUCCCCAUCGCUUUCCCUCUCCGAUCACUCAAGUCCCUCCCGUUCGGCGCCAAGAUCCCCACUCUGCUCGACGGCCACUCUCUCACCGUCACCACUCUUCCGGCCGACCGCCUCGUCUCUCUCAACAACGUCACCAUCACGGCGGCCCCAAUUUUCGACGACGGGUCGUUGAUCGUCUUCGGAACCAGCGGAUUCUUCAACCGGUAUUUCCGGAUCUCGGGUCCGAUUGGGAGCUACAGCCCCAAGACUCUAGGCUGCUUGGCGCCGCGAAACCCUAACAGAGCGAUGGCGGUCGAAACGGCGGCGUAUUACCCGUUCAGUGAAGCAAGCAAGGUGCUGAGAUCGAAAGGCUGCUCUGUCAUGGCUUCGUUUCUUGAAAUGCAAUUCCAUGGGUUUCUCAAGUACCAGACCAUGUUGACCGUCUUCGCUCCCGUUGACCAAGUCAUGGUGAAGCGGAUCGGAAAUCUGAGCGAGUACUCGUCGAUGUUGCGCCGCCACGUGGUCCCCUGCCGGCUUUCUUGGAGCGAUUUGAAGAGUCUUGAGGAUGGGACUGUGUUGAGGACUAAUCUGCAAGGGUUUAUGAUCAACGUGAGUCGAUACGACAGCGUUUUUGUGCUCAAUGGGGUCCCGGUGAUUAUGCCGGAGCUGUAUCACAACGGCUGGCUUGUGGUUCACGGAAUCAGUGAGGUUCUUGAACUUCCAGUGAGCCUAACUCAGAGCCCAAUUCAGAGUCAAACGGAGCCAGUGGUGGAUACGGUGGAUCCGGUGGCUUCUUCACCUCCCUCUCCGGCACUUCAUCGCAGCUCCGGUGAGGUUCUUUGUUUGCAGGCCUUCAUAAUCUGGGUACCUUUUCUCUUUUUCUAUGUUUUUAGGCCUUGA